GUGUUACCCGGGGCGGGAGUUAGAUGGGAAUCGCGAUAAACACGUGCGAGUACUUGUACCUGGCCUCGAAGUGCACCGGUGUAUAUCUUUCGGUGAUGUGGACACGUGUGCAUCGCUUUUUGUGCGCUUGUGAGCCAUCAUCUACUUUGGCUUUGAAGCAGUUUGUAUUCAAUAAGUGACGAGAAUUGAGAAAGCACAGAAAGUUAGUCUAAGUCGGUAUUUUUAUCGAAAGAUUGCUUGUUGGUCCAAGCUUCACUCGGCGAAAUGAAGGUUGGAUUUCUUGGUGCAGGAAAAAUGGCACAAGCCCUUGCCAAGGGAUUUGUUGCCGCAGGUUUAACCAAGGCAGAGAAUGUCAUAGCUAGCUGCCCAAAGAGUGAUAAUUACCUCUUGGAAGACAUGAAGAAGGACGUCUCCGGCUGCCGCACCACGCACGACAACCUGGAGGUGGUGGAGCAGUCGGACGUGGUGGUCAUCGCCACCAAGCCGCCCGUGGUGCCCAAGGUGCUGCAGGAGGUCAACCCGGCCGUGCGGCCGCACAACCUCAUGAUGUCCAUCGCCCUUGGCAUCCCUAUCAGGAACCUGGAGCAGAUGUUGCCGCGCAAGACACGCGUAAUACGCGUGAUGCCCAACACGCCGUCACUGGUGAAGGCCGGCUGCACCGUCUACAGCUGCGGCACCAGCACGCUCGAGGACGACGGUCAGCUGGCCAAACGCUGUUUCUCGUCGGUGGGAUACUGCGAGGAGGUGGCUGAGGUUCUGAUCGACGCCGUGACCGGCCUGAGCGCCUCCGGGCCCGCCUACAUCUACCUGAUGAUCGAGGCCCUGGCCGACGGCGGCGUCAAGAUGGGCAUCCCGCGGCCGCUGGCCUACAAGCUGGCGGCGCACACCCUCAUCGGCGGCGCCCAAAUGGUGCUGCAGACCGGCAAGCACCCGGGCGCGCUCAAGGACGACGUGUGUUCGCCGGCAGGCUGCACGAUCGAGGCCAUGUACUUCCUGGAGCGGUCUGGUGUGCGCGGAGCCAUCAUGGAGGCGGUGGUGUCGGCGGCGCUCAAGUCGAAGGAGACGGGUCAGCGAAACUGACCGCUCCGGCUCCAGCCCCGGCUCCGGCUCCAACACCGGCUCCGGCUCCGGCUCCGGCUCCGGCUCCGGCUCCGGCUCCGGCUCCGGCUCCGGCUCCGGCUCCGGCUCCGGCUCCAGCUCCGGCUUAGGCUCCAGCCAGCGGACCGGUCCGCGAGCUUGAAAAGAGGAAGGACGGAGCUGGCGGUGAAGGGAGCGCACCGGGGCGGCGGAAGGCGUCAGAUGGAGCCGGAGUGAGGCCUGUAACGCAGUCAGGCCUGCUGAAUGGCCUCAAAUCUGGCGGCUGACCCGCGCUCGCUGGACCCGGGCCUUGCCAGUGGACAGCAAUGCGUGGGACCACGGUCUGAUCCGUUAGGGCAGCGCUGGGACCGCGCUGUGGGCGUGGUCUGUCAGAACGGUGCGGGGACAGCCAGAUAGCGUGUUUGACUCUCCUUCAUUUGGAGACAUUGUUGCGAAGGAUCAAGGUCAUCUCGCGCAUGCCUGCCUUCUUCAGAUUUGCAAGCUUUACAAAGCGAUCUGACCGCAUGCCAAAGGGAUGUGUUUUUGGGUUUGUCAGGCAGCUUUCUCGGCCAAAAGUUGUGAUGCGCGUGUCUUCACGUGUUAUUCGUGCCUUAUCGGUCGUUUGAACCCGUAGGUGUGAAACGACGGAUGCAGCGCUGCUGCGCUCAAAAAGGUGUAACAUGGCGUACUUCUGCGUGUUGGUUUUGGGGAAUCCUGUACAGUGUCUUGAGGCCGCUGGUGGAAGUGUCGAAAGUUGGAGGCCGGCCGUGCCGAAGGUGUCCCGCCGGCUGUGCUAUGGCCGGGCGCGUGGGUGGCAGCCUCGCGCCGACCGUGGGACUCGGAGGGUGUGCGGGGAUCGUGAUCCGGCGUCCGCACGCCGCGCUGGACGUCUGCGUUCUGUGCAAUAGGCGGCGAAUGGCGACGUGGGUUGUCCAUGCUGUCCACUAGGGGUGGCUUUUGCAGGUGCCAGGUCCAGUUGUGCACGGAGCUGUGAGUCGGUGCUUGGUGUUUUAUAGAAAGACAGGAGUUCAAGUGUGUUGUGAUCUUUUAAGACGGCAUUGCUGACAAUGCAACUCCAAGGAGCUCCGAAUACGAACGCUAACGAAAAACCCUGAAUUCAUUAAUCUACAAAUCUACUAUGCGAAUUUCCGCGUGAAGAGGUCUAGUCAGAACCCACGCGCAUGUGUCCGUCUGACUGCCAAACUCUAUUUUUACAUAUUUUGCUUUUAUUUGAAUGCUAUCUGGCCUGACUAACGCAUGACCAAGGCGCACACCACUUACCAUCGUCAUACACACCAGCAAACUACGCAGGGCAGCCAACGUGUGCCGGGUGCGCCGGCGACGCCGAGUUAUUCACCUUGCAUGUUCGUCGGAAAGGCAACCCUUGAUUAGGGAGGCCGGUCAGAAGCCCUUACCUUUGAGUUCGGUCUUGUGUGCGCUGCAUUGCCCGUACAGUAGUGUUUGCCCAAUAUACCUUUGAACACCUGA